CUGUCGCAGCUAAUCUUCAGGAGCUUAAUUCUUACUUCUUGUAAGAGGGUUUUACCAACAGCACCAAUGCCCAAGAAUUCUCCCCAAACAACUGGAUCUUCUGCUUAUCCUACCGGAGGAGAAAAACAAACCUAGUUACUGCAGCUGAGAGGAGCAGAAGGGAGAAUGCUCUUAGCCAGUCCUGGGAGCUCGAGGGAGUCGGACGUCCCCGGUAGGAACAUGCACUUCAGGAGCAGCGCUCCCUUUUUGCUGUUGCUGCUGCCUCUUUGUCUGCUGGGGAGGGUGCUGGAGGUGAAAGGGCAGGAGUGGGGGUACCUGCAGGAGGCUCUCAAGGCCUUGGAUCUUCCCCUGGGGAUGGAGGACCAACCUCAGCUCCAGAAGAACAAAACUGAUGUCCUGAUCACCACGCUUCUUCAGGUGAUGCACUGUGCAGACCGGACUGGGACCUCUCAGGACAUCUGUGAUAAGUGCCUGACACCAGACGUAGCUCUCUCUGUGCUGGAGGAUGAUGGGAAGGCUUACCUCACCGAGGAGGAAUACCAGCGCAUCUCGACUGUUCUGCUGUACUACAUCAUUAACUUGCGAGAUCUGUGCAUGUCUAGCGCUGCCUCCCAUUCUUCCCUUUCCUCCUCCUCCUCCUCCUCCUCCUCUUCCUCCUCCUCAUCUGGGAACUAUCAGUUCUACCUUUUGGCCCUCACCAACCUGCACCCAGGUGAGGACAACCGCUUCCUAUCACUUAGUGAAACGGAGAGUAUUCUGCAGCUCAUCAACCAGCACUACGACCCCUCCAACCAAGAAACCUCAUCUGAAUUGCAAUGUAUUGAUGCCACUCAAAUACUUGAAGAUGCUGACAUAAAAGAAAAUCCAGGUGCAGGUGAGUCCUCUGUGCCCAAAGUGGCCGCAGCCAUCAUCAGCCAUAUCCUGCAGGGCCACUGUUUCAGACGGAGGAACCUCCCAUCACCUGCCUUCUUUACCGACUACAUCUUUCAGUCCCUAAAUCGCACAAGUAACCUGCAGAUGAUGGACUUAGAGGAGCUGCUUCAUCAGCUGGGAGUGGGUCGGGAGGGAGCCAGUGUUCCUCAUAACAGGAAGAGGCGGAGCAUCACAGGAAGUGCGCAGAAAGCAGCGGGGCAUCAGGUGGAUGGCUGUAACCACGAAACUGGGGGAGUAAGCAGAGACUGGGCACAGGUAUGUUUUUCAGCCAAUCAGUUGGUGGAUAUUUUUGCUCUGGAUCCUCAUUUGCCAAUUUCCAGGGAGCACUUCAGACAAAUUUGCCCAGCCAUUAUUCAGCAGUUGCUAGGCAAUGCCUGCGAGUCUGCAGAGCAAAAAACAAGAGGAUCUCUGCCCACUGCUCUUGAGAAGUACGGCUACAGCACGGCUGCCGUCCUGCUCAUCACGGUGGGCUCCAUGUUCGGCAUCUGCCUGAUCUUCUUCAACUCUUGUCAGGAAACCUAUACACUCAUCCUGCAGCUGUUUGUGGGCCUGGCGGUGGGAACCCUCUCAGGAGACGCUCUCCUGCACCUCAUACCACAGAUUCUGGGCCUCCACGACGACACUCACAGUCAUGUCGAUGAGCACUACACUGAAAGAAAGGACUAUCUGUGGAAGAUUCUGGGCAUGAUCGGAGGGAUUUAUGGCUUUUUCCUUAUUGAAAGAAUGUUCUCAGUUUUAGUUCCUUCUCAUGGCCAUGGUCCCUCCAGUGACCUUCCAUUAGAGGUCAGCUGCAAUGGUCAGAGGGGCAAGUCCAUCUCCACCAUACAGCUGGGACCAGUGGAUGACUUGGAAUGUGCAGAAAUAUCUCCUGAACACGCAGACACAAGGAGCCCUUCACAUCGGAGACAAGGGGUUCCUCUGCUGGCUGUGAUGGUAAUCGUGGGAGACAGCCUUCAUAACUUUGCCGAUGGCCUGGUUGUCGGCGCGGCCUUCUCCUAUUCAGCCGAAACUGGCAUGGCAACCACCGUGGCUAUCCUGUGCCACGAGAUCCCCCACGAGAUGGGAGACUUUGCAGUGUUGCUCAGCUCUGGACUCUCAGUGAAGACUGCCGUGCUGAUGAACUUUCUCAGCGCUCUGACAGCCUUUAUGGGCCUCUACAUUGGACUCUUUGUUUCCUCAGAGACAGAGGUGCAGCAGUGGAUCUUCACUGUCACUGCUGGGAUUUUCCUCUACUUGUCACUGGUAGAAAUGCUUCCAGAGAUGAGUCGAGUGAAGACCGACAGACCAUGUCUCAUGUUUCUCCUACAGAACCUCGGUCUAUUGAUGGGUUGGGCCUGUCUUUUGCUCCUCGCACUCUUUGAACAUGAACUCAAAUUCUAAAUGAGUGCACAUGACAUACAGUAUGUAUUCAGACAAGGUUGAACUGAAACAAGUGUUGACUUGAUUUUUAGUGUUAUUUGAUUUUUAUCUGAUGCUGUGCAUAAUUUUAUUUGUGCAAGUGUUAGAUUGUGCAACCAGAAUGUUUUAACAAGUCAUUAUUGGUCAAUGAGUGAGUAUUUCAUAAUGUUGUAGUCUCAGCACUGGAUGACACAGUAAAGAUGUCAUGUAUAGUUGUAUAAUCCUUUAUUUUUGUAUGUUAGGUGUCAUGGGUGCCUGGAUAUGGACACUUGAGGUCAUUUGAACCCUUAUGACCUUAUUUGCGAGCAUCAGGUGCAAUUGUGCAUAUCUGUUUUGUGAAAUAUUCAUGUUUCCUCUGACAAUCAGAUCAUUCGAUUUUGAAGACAUUUCUCACCAGCAAGAUACAAAAUAUUGUAAAUUUACUUCUUUUAUUUUGUAUGUAUUUUGGUCUUUAUGUAGAUCAUAAGAAAGUUAGCUCAUGUGGGAAUUUUGUACAAUGUUUUAUUUUAUGUAUUGAUUUAUUAUACAGACCUCUAAUUUCUGCAUAAUUUCUGACAUUUCCUUAAGGACAGUGACAUUUAAUACAAAUUCUAAGAAAAAUAGAGGCAGUAUUCAAUUAGUACACUUUCAGUUAAUUAAUUUCACUCAAAGGGACACUCCAGUGAUUUAGUAUUGCCCUUGCUGUCAUUGUCUUUGUAAGGCACUUUGUAACAUGAAAAUAUAAAUACAGUUAUUAUUAUUGUUAUUCAAUCCAUCUUUAAUCAGUUCCUCUCUGCCUGGUAAAUGCCCAUGUCUGUCAAAGUCAAUAAUAAGUACCAAAUUACAGACAAUAGUGCAUUCCAGGAAACACUGAGAAGUAUCAGAGAAAUUAUUUGGAAAUUACAGACCCAUAAUAGAGCAUUAUCUUGAUUUGAACAAUUUAUGAAUAUACAAAACCUGAUUGGCUUAAUGAGAAACUCCAAUAUUAGGUGCAAAAAUACCUCUUUGUUAGACUUACGCUGCUCUAAAAUACUUCUACUGUUUUCAGAAGCAUUGCUCUCUUUCAUCUUCUCAUCUCAGAGGCAUCAUUCUUUGUUUUUGAGGCGUCUCUGUGAUCCAAUAUGAGGGCACUUCCACCCACCUGAGCCAUUUGUUCUCUUCAUCCACCAACCUGGAUGACUAAUGCUAGCUGUAAAAGACAGAAGAACUCUGGGGUGAUCCGGCCCACACAGCGCACACGCUCUUUACAGGCCAGAGUGGGCCUGCAGAAGGAGGUGGUGGAAGAAGAGGAUGUUAUGAAUACAUUAGUACAAUAAAAUAAAUGAAACACAGCAAAUCAACUUAUUUGUACAUAAAAUUGGAUUUGUGAUAUUGAAAGAAUGAGUGGGCUUAAAAAAUAAUUUUUUUUCAUCUAUUUAAUCAGCUUGUUGUGAUUAAAUUCUGGUGCUCUCAUCAUCAA